GAAGAUGGGAAGGCCACCAUGUUGUGAUAAAGAGGGUGUGAAGAAAGGACCUUGGACUCCAGAAGAAGAUAUCAUAUUGGUUUCUUAUAUACAAGAACAUGGUCCUGGAAAUUGGAAGGCUGUUCCCACCAAUACAGGGUUGUCAAGGUGCAGUAAGAGUUGUAGACUUAGAUGGACUAAUUACUUGAGGCCAGGAAUCAAACGGGGUAACUUCACUGAGCAAGAAGAGAAGAUGAUAAUCCAUCUUCAAGCUCUUUUAGGGAACAGAUGGGCAGCAAUAGCUGCUUACCUACCACAGAGAACAGAUAAUGACAUAAAGAACUACUGGAACACUUAUUUGAAAAAGAAGCUGAAGAAAUUGGAAGCAGGCUGUGAAGGAAGUUUUGGACAUAAAGAGGUUUCAGUUUCUCAGCCAAUGUCAAGAGGCCAGUGGGAAAGAAGGCUUCAAACAGAUAUCCACAUGGCUAAGAAAGCACUUAGUGAAGCUCUCUCACCAAACAACACACCUGCCUUAUUAUUACCUGAACCAAAUUCAAACCAAUCUAAUGAUAACAGUGUCUCCUUCUAUAAUUCCACUAAACAAGCAACACAAUCUAUAAGCUAUGCUUCAAGUGCUGAUAACAUAGCUCGUUUGUUGAAGGGAUGGAUGAAGAAUGCACCAACAAAAGCCUCACGUGCUGCCUCAGCUGUGACUCAAAAUUCCUUCAAUAAUAACUUGGCUGGUGCUGACACUGCUUCUAGUGAAGGAAUAACAAGUGGGGUGGCAAAGGGAAGCACAAUAAGCAAUAGCGUUGAAUUGACUGAGACUUUUGAGUCCUUGUUUGGUUACGAGUCUUUGGAUUCUUCAAAUUCUGAGUUCUCACAAUCUCUCUCACCUGAGGCUACUCUUUUCCAAGAUGAGAGCAAGCCAGAUGCUACUGAAACUGAUCAAAUUCCCUUUUCUUUGCUUGAAAAAUGGCUUUUGGAUGAUGCUAAUUGUCAAGAAAAACUUUGCUUCUAGAUCGGUUCAAUUUGUAAGGAGUCAUCUAAAACUUUGUUUUUCCUUAGUUAUAUGAGACCAAGUCUGAUUCAAUCUCUCACUUUGGUCUUCAACCCUUUUGGUGCUACCAAGUGUAUAUUCCAAUCCAUUAUUAACAAUUAUUAUAUUAUCAUAUCCUAUAAUUAGAUGCCUAACUGGAAAUGUUUGUUUCUCUUUGUGAAAAGUUCUGUGGUGUUUAG